AUGUCUAAUAGAUUUGAUUCGAACAGCAAGUUCCAUAAUUCCCAUCCUAAUUCCUUUGAGGAGGAAGCAGGCCCAAAUGGAAAGAAAUACAUUAACGAAGACUAUGAGAGGUCGUUGGGGAAAGAACUAGAAGGCAUUAAAAACUACGAUACAUCCAUUGUAGAAGACAAUUCCGAAUUUAAAGACUUUCCACCUCUACCAGAGAGAGAACUAUACGUGGUAAUGUAUCUGGGACCAAAUGAUAAAGAAUUUCCUCAUAACUGGAAGCUCAUUAGGAAGCUUUUUGACAGCAGUGCCUUUGCAUGUUCAAUGCUUGCUUUGGUUAUGGGAUCGGCAAUGUUUGCUCAAGGUAGUGAGGGAAUAAUGAUGGAGUUUCAUGUGGGCUACACUGUGGCUACACUAACCACAUCUUUAUUUAUUGCAGGCUUCGCUUCUGGUCCCAUUAUUUGGGGACCACUUUCUGAGUUGUAUGGAAGGAAACCGAUUCUUAUAAUAUCAACCUUUGGAUAUAUUUGUUUUGGCUUUGCUGUGGGAGCAGCGGAGGACAUACAAACAGUAAUAUUGUGCCGGUUUUUUGGGGGAUUCAUUGGCGCAGCUCCGUUGACAGUAUCUAUAGCAGCUAUGGCUGACAUAUUUGAUGCAAAAGCAAGAGGGAAAGCUACCACGAUUUUUGCCAUGGUCUUGUUUGGAAGUCCCAUGUUUGCCCCAGUUCUUGGGGGUUUUACUGCGAAAAACAGUUCCCUAGGAUGGAGGUGGACUUCUUAUUUUCCCACCUUAGUGGCUUGCUUGGCAUUAGUCCUUUUAAUUUUCUCGGAUGAAAGUCAUCACGGUAUUAUUUUGAUUCAGAAAGCCAAAUUUCUAAGGAAAAAGACAGGUGUUUGGGGGAUCUAUGCUCCUCAUGAGUUAAUAUCCUUGACUUUAAGAGAUAUCAUCCACAAGAGCAUAUUUAAGCCCAUCAGAAUGUUGUUCACAGAACCAAUCUUGCUUUUAAUAUCAGUAUACUCUGCGUUCAUCUACGGGAUGUUAUAUUUAUUCUUGACUGCUGUGCACAUAAUAUUCAUUGAUAGUUAUGGGUUUUCAGAGGGGGGCGGUCAAUUGCCCUAUAUUUCUAUGCUUUUUGGGAUGCUUGCUGGGGGUUUGUUAAAUAUCUACAUGGAUAAAAGAUAUCUCAAAGCAAUGAAGAUAAACAACGGUAAACCUGUUCCUGAAGAAAGAUUACCCCCCGUUAUGGUAGGCUCGGUGUGCUUUACCGUUGGCUUAUUCUGGUUAGGGUGGGCAGGAGGAUUUGGCAACAGGGUGCAUUGGAUAGUACCCACUAUUGGAAUGGCCCCACUCGGAGCAGGGGUUAUCCUUAUUUUAAAACCAUGCAUCGGUUAUAUCAUAGAAUGUUAUUUGCCGUCUGCUGCUUCGGCUCUUGCUGCUAAUACAUUUUUGAGAUCAGCAUUUGGAGCAGCAUUUCCGUUAUUUGCUCGCCAAAUGUUUGUCAAUAUGCAAAUAAAGUGGGCCAGUACCUUAGCAGGAUUUAUUGCUGCAAUAUUGAUACCCGUGCCAUUUUUGUUCUACAAAUAUGGAAGAAUAAUCAGAGAAAAAUCAGAAAAUGCUUUUCAUUGA